UAUUUUAACGGCUUUCCUUUCACUUUGGUAUCCACCCAUCGUACUAAAAUAGUAUAUGGCGCAAAAAUAACACAGAGCUAAACGUUCAUACCAUGACAAUGGUAUUAAAUUCUCUUCGCGGUCAUUUCUUCAAACACCUUUCGUACACUAGCAGUACCAUAAUCACCGGCCGUUUCUUCACCGGCCGCCGCGUUCACAGGCUAAUUCCGUUCAUUCGUUUCUCUAAAUCCUCUGCUGCACAAAGAUACCAGCAUUGGAAGCACAUCCAGACUGCAGCUAAAUUUUCCACGUUAUCUUCUCCUUCUUCGGAGACUCCGGCUAGUGAUUCAUUCACUUCUCCGUACCUCUCUGUUCGCAUUUGCUGUCAUAAGGAUAAUGCCGAUAUGCUCUCAGAGGCUCUUUUAUGUUUUGGAGCCAGUUCAACUACUGUGGAUGAAGAAGAAAGCAGUGAGAGAAGUGAUGAGAUUAUCAUUACUUCCAUCUUUUCUGUAUGCAAAGAUGUGAAAGACUGCAUUUCACUUGCUGCUGAUUCUAUAGGGUUGCAAAAGAUACCUAGUUUUGAGGUUGUGAUGCAUGACCACACUGAUUGGAUAAAAGCUACACAGGAAUUGUUUUGUCCGGUGGAAGUUUCUGAUGGACUCUGGGUGGUGCCUGAAUGGACAACUCCUCCAGAUCUUCAAGCAACAAAUAUAAUCCUAAAUCCUGGUUUGGCAUUUGGAACUGGGGAGCACCCAACAACUAAGUUGUGUCUCCUCCUUCUGCGUGAUUUGAUAAAAGGAGGAGAACUCUUCUUGGACUAUGGAACUGGUUCGGGUGUGCUAGCAAUUGCAGCUCUUAAGUUUGGUGCAGCUUUUUCAGUUGGUUUUGAUAUAGAUCCCCAGGCAAUCACAUCUGCUCAAUAUAAUGCUACUUUAAACAACAUUGGACAUGAGGAAUUGCUUUUAUAUCUUGUUCCUGGCAAAGGAAUUCUUCCCUCUGCAGAUUUUAGUUCAAGUAUGGACAUUGAUCAAACUGCCUACGAUGCAGAAGUUAUAAAUAACAGGGGAAAAUAUGACAUCGUUGUGGCAAACAUACUAUUGAAUCCUCUGCUUGAGUUGGCAGAUCAGAUUGUGUCCUAUGCAAAGCCUGGUGCAACAGUUGCUCUUUCCGGGAUCAUAUCUGAGCAGAUUCCUCGCAUACUAGAAAGGUAUUCACAAUACCUAGAGAACAUUACAGUUUCAAAGAUGGAUGACUGGGCUUGCAUAAGUGGCUUAAAGAAAUGACAUAACAGCAGCUAAAGGACAACGGAGGUUCAUUUUCUAAUGUUGUGGAACUUGAGAUUCUACAAAACUACGGGAGUCAGAUGUAGAUCGAGCCCUGGAAGUCCUCUCCUCGCAGCUCCCUGCGUGAACUUUGCAAGUCAUUUGACUUUCUGAGUGCAUGGCCAAUUAUUCACCUCUGUUUAUUUGGACAGUCUUGGAAACCGUUGUAAAAAAACCACCUACCUACUUCACUAAUUGCGAGUCGAAGUCAUACUUACUGAAGGUUGUGUGAAAAGAGACUGCCUCAAAUCCCCAACUUUAUCAGUUAUUUAGUAUGUAAAUGGCUCUGUAAACGAUAUUUUCAGAAGCUAUGAAGUUUAUCGAAAGCAGCUUCUACCUCC